CCCCAGCCGCCGCCGCCGCCGCCUCCCCCUCCAUGGCCGCCGCUCUCGCCGGCUGCAUUGUGGGAAGCUGACCUCACUCGCUGCUGCCGCCGCCCCGCCGGCUCCGGCACUCGCCGCCAUGGGGGCCGUGACCGACGAUGAAGUUAUCCGCAAGCGACUCCUGAUCGAUGGCGAUGGUGCUGGUGACGACAGGCGGAUCAAUUUGUUGGUGAAGAGUUUCAUUAAGUGGUGUAAUUCCGGAUCUCAAGAGGAAGGUUACAGCCAGUACCAACGAAUGCUGAGUACUUUAUCACAGUGUGAAUUUUCAAUGGGAAAAACCCUUCUGGUGUAUGAUAUGAACCUGAGAGAAAUGGAAAAUUAUGAAAAAAUCUAUAAGGAUAUAGAAAAUAGUAUAGCUGCAGCACACGAGAAGAUUUCUGAAUGCAAAAAACAAAUCCUGCAAGCAAAAAGGAUUCGAAAAAAUCGCCAGGAAUAUGAUGCAUUGGCCAAAGUCAUACAGCAUCAUCCAGACAGACAUGAAACACUGAAGCAGCUAGAAGCUUUGGGAAAAGAACUGCAACAUCUUUCUCACAUUAAAGAAAAUGUUGAAGAUAAGUUGGAGCUGAGAAGAAAGCAGUUUCAUGUUCUCCUGAGCACCAUCCAUGAACUUCAGCAAACCUUGGAGAAUGACGAAAAACUUUCAGAAGCUGAAGAAUCUCAAGAAACUCAGAUGGAAACAGAGACCAAACAGUAGAUGUACUAUGAAGACUGACUAUACUCUUGAAGAAUAUCUGUCUUCACUUCAUGUUGAAACCGACAGUAAGAGAGACGGAGCCAAAAAAUAGUAUUCUACUGCUUCCACAAAUUUUUAUACAAAAAUACUUGUUUUGCUUAUGCUUCAGGAGAAAUCAGUUACAGGUCUGUGCAGACAGGCACUUUGUGUUAAUCCGCAAACUUUGUAAUUUGUGACAGGAAAGGUAUUUUGUUUUACAAAGGUUGAAGCUUCUGCACAGUGCUUGUGAACUAAGGUGUCUGCAAAACAUUGUCAAUAAACAGUCUUUACAAA